CUCCCCCGGCCCAAGGAAUGGGUGCAGUGCUGGGGCGUUGCACCCCCUGACCCUGAGGUGAAGCCUCGCUACCAGUCCCUGGGCAGAGCUGGGCGCUAGGUCCGCCUCUUAGCGCCACCAGCUCAUGCCUUGGGCAGCCAGGCACUGAGAGACAGCUGCCCCGCAGCGGCCCCCCAGGCCUCCCCGCAGCACCCCGGAAUGCAAUUCAGCGGGGCGGGGGAGGCGGCGGCAGCAGCACCCGCGGCGGCGGCGGCGGCAGCACUACCCCAACCCAGAGACGUCUAGAGAAAAGAGGAAAAUGGCUCCGAGCAGGGACCGCCUGCUGCACUUUGGGUUCAAGGCGACAAUGUUCUCAAACAGUGAUGAAGCUGUAAUCAAUAAAAAACUUCCCAAAGAACUCCUGCUAAGGAUUUUUUCUUUCCUGGAUGUUGUUACCUUGUGUCGCUGUGCUCAGGUCUCCAGGGCCUGGAAUGUCCUAGCUCUGGAUGGCAGUAACUGGCAACGAAUUGACCUGUUUGAUUUCCAGAGGGAUAUUGAGGGUCGGGUAGUAGAAAAUAUUUCAAAACGAUGUGGAGGCUUUUUACGAAAGUUAAGUCUUCGUGGGUGUCUUGGAGUAGGAGAUAAUGCAUUAAGGACUUUUGCCCAAAAUUGUAGGAAUAUUGAAGUGCUGAAUCUAAAUGGGUGUACAAAGACAACAGACGCCACCUGUACUAGCCUUAGCAAGUUCUGCUCCAAACUCAGGCACCUCGACUUGGCUUCCUGUACAUCAAUAACAAACAUGUCUCUCAAAGCUCUGAGUGAGGGGUGUCCACUGUUGGAGCAGUUGAACAUUUCCUGGUGUGACCAAGUAACCAAGGAUGGCAUUCAAGCACUAGUGAGAGGCUGUGGGGGUCUCAAGGCCUUGUUCUUAAAAGGCUGCACACAGCUAGAAGAUGAAGCUCUCAAGUACAUAGGUGCACACUGCCCUGAGCUGGUGACUUUGAACUUACAAACUUGCUUACAAAUCACAGAUGAAGGUCUCAUCACCAUAUGCAGAGGGUGUCAUAAGCUGCAGUCCCUCUGUGCCUCUGGGUGCUCCAAUAUCACAGACGCCAUCCUGAACGCUCUAGGUCAGAACUGCCCUCGUCUUAGAAUACUGGAAGUGGCCAGAUGUUCCCAGUUAACAGAUGUGGGCUUCACUACUCUGGCGAGGAACUGCCAUGAGCUUGAAAAGAUGGACCUGGAGGAGUGUGUUCAGAUCACAGACAGCACAUUAAUCCAGCUUUCUAUACACUGUCCGCGACUUCAAGUAUUGAGUCUCUCUCACUGUGAACUGGUCACAGAUGAUGGAAUUCGUCACCUGGGGAAUGGGGCCUGCGCCCAUGACCAGCUGGAGGUGAUUGAGCUGGACAACUGCCCUCUAAUCACCGAUGCGUCCCUGGAACACUUGAAGAGCUGUCACAGCCUUGAGCGGAUAGAGCUCUAUGACUGCCAGCAAAUCACACGGGCUGGAAUCAAGAGACUCAGGACCCACUUACCCAACAUUAAAGUCCACGCCUACUUCGCACCUGUCACUCCACCCCCGUCAGUAGGGGGCAGCAGACAGCGCUUCUGCAGGUGCUGCAUCAUCCUAUGACAGUGGCGGUGGCCAGCCUUGGUGAACUGAGUGUUUAAUGACACUGCUAGACUCACCGUGGAGUCUCCAGUGGACGCAAUCCCAGCACUCUGGGCAGGGUUCCAAAGCGAGGGCAGCAUCCAGAUCCCCAGAGCCACACAUACACAGGCACACGCCCUCACCCCAUCUGCUGCAGUUCUGUGACCGUGGCACCGAAGUUCAUACUGGCUGUAACAAGUGGAUUGGUGAAACUUAACCAUUCCCGUUGGACAUGCCCAGAAGAAAUCUUAGGCCAUGGUAGAGGGAAGGGACAUUCCAGCAAAACCCAGUGUUACUGCUACUGUGGUUUAUUUUAUUAAGGGGUUUCUGUGGGGAUUUUGAAUCAGUAACUGCAAUCUUCCAGGGUGAAAGGUAGCAUGGAAAAACAAUAUAUGAUGUAUCCAGGGACCAGAAAGAAUUUAUUUGCAUCCUAGAAAUGGUAGCUAUCCAUUGGGAGAUGCUUAUGCAACUUCUGUGCUUCCUUGUUUCCAUGCCAACAUGCUGAGCAUGCUCACAAAGAAGGCUCGUCCAUUCAUCUGAUAUUUUAGUAUUUGGCCCAGAGGUUUCCUUAGCAGCUAUAUAUUGAAAUUGCUGGGGUCCAAAUAUGAUCACUUUUACUUCCCUGCUCAGUUUGUCACUCUGUCACCGUGCACCCUCCCCUCCCCCCGUCUCUGCUCACUGCUGCACUCUGGCUGGCUGUCCCCAGUCGUAGUCUGCUGCUCACACUCAAUUGUUACUCCUUUGCUGUUUGUUUACAGUUUGCAUUUUGGAUGAUUAGUUGGGGUUACCAAACAUUUUUAAAAGAAACAUCAAUAAAUAUUUUUUUAAUCUAAAUUUUACUAUUAGGGGACCUGCCUGAAUCUUUGCCAGUCUAGAAGGAAACUCUAACAAGAGCAGGGAAGUUAGGAUAAGAAAGAGUUGAACUGUUUUGAUGAAAAGAAACUUGGCCUUUUGGUUUCUGUUGUGUCUUUGCUGUGCACUCAUUUGCACGGUGUGCUCAGUGUCCCCUGCACAUUUCCCUCUUCCAAACUUGGUGAGCUUAUUAAGAAAAGAGAAGUGCAUUGUUAGUGUGAAGUGGGGGGGCAAAUCCGUUUCCACUACCCAGGUACAAGCACAAAUGGCCCUUGUUGUCCUGCACUGACGGGAACAUGGUGUGACCUCUGCCUGUCGGCAGACUUACUAGAGUUACCUGCUUUGCAGCAGUGCUGGGGGACGGGGAUAGAACCCUGUAACAGUCAGCUGCCUGUUUCAGUGUUGGCGGGAUUGUCUCUAAUGCUGGCACUUCCGAAGACCCAAAUGUAGCAGCUAACACUCUCUCUUGUAGACUUCCUCUGAGUGUGGUAUGAAGGCAGCCAGAUGGGGCCAUUGGGGCAGCCAGAGAACCUUGAGAAGGGAGUAAGAGGCUCAGGGUCUAUACCGAGCCUAGGACCUGCCCCCUACCCUACCCUCCAGAGCUGAGAAAGGGGUUUAGUAUCUGUGCCUCAUCAAGAAGAAACCUCUUCACAAAAACUCACACAAAACGAGAGAAAUGAAAUGAGUUUCUAAAGCUUAUUUCUAAACUCCAAUGUUAGAGGCCUUGUGUGAUGUUUAACAGGGUGUUGGGGGAAAGGCUUUUAGGAGGUAGAUGUGCAAACCAGUAUGAUCCCAGGAUGUUCAAAAGGCUGGUUUACUGCUAUAGGUACUGGUUCUACCAGACUAUAUAAGAAUAAAAUCUGAUUAAUUUCUCCAUUAAUGUAGAAAACAAUCAGAUGAAAAGGUCCUAGAAUUCUAUACUACCAGAUUUAUUUAUCAUAUUAAACUUAUUUAAAAUCUUAUUUUAUUAUGUUCUUUUGAAAACUAAAUUACUUGUGUUUUUUUUUUUAUUCCUUCUCCCCCUCAUGUUCAAAUUAUCUUGCAAGAAAUUUCUUUUUUUCCUCUGAGACCAUUUGUUACGUUGCCAAGCUGACCUGGGCUCCAGUUCCCUUCCCCCUCGGCCAGCAUCCUGUGUGAAUGGCGCUGCGGAGGCUCUUAUAUCCGUGUACAUCCCACCCCCAGAGACGAAGUCUUACUCUGUAGCCCUGGCUGACCUGGAAUUUGUGAUUGUCUUUCUGCCUCAGCCUCCCAAAUGCUAAGAUGAUAGGUGUGAGUCACCAUGUCAGAUUCACUAUACUUUUAAAGUUAGACUCAGUGCGCACACAUAGACAUACACACGCUUCCAAGUGUAUUCAGGGUUAGAUCCCUAGGUCUCUCACGCAAAACCAAAUGAAAUUGAGGGGACAUCAGCUCUAAACUAUGUUGUUUGAUUUUUUUCCCCCCAAAGUGCCUAACAAGUUGAUAUUAAACCCUGAGUACUAAUGGUUUAGUAGACAUACUAAUCGCCCAAGUCUAAGCCACUCAGGUACUUCCUUUUUUCCAUCAAAGUUUAAAUGAGUCUGUUACCCACCAGUAUGUCGAAGGUCUGGAAAAUGCUGUUUUUCCUAGAGUGUGUUGCCACAUGCAGGUUCAUUGGAUUUGUCUUGGUGAUCUCUGCUGUUGAGACAAAUCCCAACCUUUCUGGACAAAGAACACAAGUCAAAAGUGGGAGGUCUAUGGCUGUACAGCCCUGGCUGCAUACAGUCAGGCAGGAGACAUGUUCCUUUCUCAAGUCACAUCAGACCCAUCAUGCUUGAAGGAAAAUAGAUUUUUUUCAAGUGUUGAUUUGAAUCCUACACCAGCUUGUUACACUAAGACUCAAUGGUAAGUUCAAUCAGGUAGAAAGCCCUGACACAUGAAUACAUAUGCUUCCUUUCAUACGUGCAGAAUACUUCUAAGAAUUCAGUAGGUUUUGGGCUUGGUUGAUUGGGUUUGGGGUUGUUUUCAGGGCCAUGGUUGGAAGCAAGGGCCCUUGCCCACAGUGAGUAUGUUAUCUCACUGAGCUGUAGUUCCAGCCCUAGUAAAGCUUACCAUGAAAAUACCCCUCUCUCUGGAAAAGCCUACAGCAGGCUGCCAAGGGGACUUGGGAGGGAGAUGAUCUUACUGCUGCCAGCGAUCACUGCUGCACGUACUGCUCGGCAGCCCUACUGAGGUAGUUAGCCAUUUCUUCCUGCACCACCCUGACCCUCUGUUUAUACCUCUUUCUUGUGGGAUAUGUCCAGUCUAGCUGAUCUUGGGGUCCUCUCCUGGUCAGAGCAAGCUGUCAAGGACAGCUGUGAGUCCAGAAGCCGUCAGGUGGAAGUGGCUCAGGCCAUUUCUUACUUGAUCCUUGAUGUUUGGUUUUUGACUUUGAGUUAAAUUUGAGGUCAAACUGGUGGUUCUAAAAGACUCAAGGGCCCUAGCUUCUGUCUUCCCCAGUCUUUGGUAUAUGAAAGCACACUGCUUAAUAUUUUUAAAAUGUAUUUUAUUUUUCCUACUCUGACCUUUACACCUUCUCUAGAUGUAAAAGUAUCCCUGGUCAGAUUUCUACGAGGUUGAUUUAGCACAUGUAAGUCAGAAAUGACAUUUUAAGCAUUUCUAAGGGAAACUUGGUGAAUAACUUACCAUGUUCUUUUGGGGGCAUUCUGUGCUGUUUGGAAUGUUUGUUGUAACUCAUUCGUCAUGAAUGAGUGCUGUGGGCACUGAAGCCCAGUCUGGACUGUUGGGAGCUGUGAAACCCUGACGUCCAUUUGAUUUUGUUCAUUUGUCUUGUAAAAUGUGUUUGGAACAUUUCUUGACCUGACAUGGCUAGGAAGUGUGAGAGCUGCCACUGCAAAGAGGAGAGUGACUUCCUGUCUGUCGUGUGGGCAGCCUUGUCAGUGGCAGCUUUGAAGCAUGAUUGCUCUUGACUGUUGAGAUGGCUUAGCGGGUAUGCGUGUUUGCUGGACACACCUGGCCCCCGAGCUGUGACAGUGAAGGGGAGGCUGGCCACUGGGAUACAGGGUUUCUCUUUGUAGCUGUCCUGAGACUUGCUCUGUAGAUCAGACUGACCUUGAGCUGAUAGACACCCGCCUGCCUCUUCCUCCAGAGUGCUGGGACUAAAGGCGCGUUCGCCACCACUGCCUGACAAUAAAUAAAAUUCUCAAAAAAGAAAAAAAAACAAGGCUCUGUAAGUCAGGCAGCUCAUCUGGUUGGCAUCAAGUGAGAGGGCAGAAGAGGAAAGAGCCCUGUGGUACCUUUUCUGCCUUGUACAGGUGGGUUUCCGUCCUGUGGGUCCUGCUGACAGGCCAGGGAUGAGCCCAGCCUUGUCUGAGAAGAGCUAGAUGUUUGGUUGGAGGUCUUAAAGCAGAAACCCUUAAAUGACCUGAGGACAAAAAAUUCUAAAUCAGAAGGAUGAGGGGGAGUAAGAAUCUCACUUCCUCACCUUUAUUUUUAUCUUAAAUUUGCAUUGGAAGAUGCAGAAAGCUGAGUAUCAAUAGGGUGUGAUUAGCCCUGCUGGUUUGAGAAUAAAAUUUGGCUGUAAGUGUUGUAUCCACAUGUCCCAACCACAUCUUCAUUCUCCGGCAGAGAAUAGAUGUUGUUUCAGCACCAGCUGCUGCAAUUCUACCUUCUUAUUUUCACCUGCCAGGAACUACACAAGAGGCAGGCGAGUUUUUUAUAUGAAGGUCUUCUGCAGCUUCCCACUCAAGCCAAGUCGACCCAUGUUGUCCGUUUCAGUUUCUGCAUCUCUGGAGGCUGUGAUCUGUAGGCAUUUAGGAAAGUCAGUAUUAGCCUCUCACUUGAGUCUGAGCGAAUCUUGGAAAUUCAAGAAAGUUGCAUGUAAUAUGCAGGAGGAAAAGCUUUUGUUAUGCAGCUCAUGUGCGGGAUGUUGGAGAGCAUCCUUUUGCGGUUCUCUAUCUCUGUCCCGUGAGCCUUUGGUCUAAGAGUUGAAACUAGGAGUUUGUGGAUGAGUGUCAGCCCUUCUCAGCCAGCAUGGCACAUGGAACAGAAACCUAGUGGGUGACCUUCUCUGUUGUGUAUUUUUAUUUUGAAGAGUUGGCAUGCAGAAAUGGCAGGCAGGGCUCACGGGAGAGGAUUAGUCUAGAGCUGAGAUGUGCUGCCUCAGGAAGAGCAUCUGUCCUGAGCUCUAGGACCGCUGCUUCCUGCCUGACACAUUCACUGUGUGUUGUCUUCAUCUCAUCUCUCCUUGCCCCUUGGUGGCAAGAAGGGCUUUCCUGCUGCUCUGGGCACGAGUGUGGGGUAGUGAAUACAGUCUUCACCCCAGGAGACCGGAACAGGAGUGUCUCCUGCCCAACCCCCAGAACCAGAUCUAAGAUCUCCGCUCCACUAACUACUCGUGUUAGCUUGGAUCUGCCCUGAGUCGCUGCUUUUGUGUUUCCUCCCUUACCCUAAUAUUUCUCAGCCCCUCAAACAUCCAUCCACUGAUUUUCAUGUCACUAAAGGACAUUUGAGGACCUCUAAAGUCUUAGAAAAUCUACUUGAAAACGACUUGUCUGUGGUUAGCUUACUGCUGUCCUGAGAGACACAUGAUACCCCCAGUACUGGACCCGUGCUGUGCUCUCUGGGUUUCCAUAGAAGGCGUGUCUCCUGUACACAGAGGAUCAUUUCUUACCUAGUUCUGAUGACUGUUAAUCUCUAACGAAUACAGGAAGGGGUGAGCCUGAUAACUUUGACCUCUCCCAACCCCUUACCACACCCCUACAUGAUGCACUUCUAGAUCCUAUUGGCCUGUGUUCUAUAAGCUUUAGGCCAGCUCUUCCUCCCUGUGAUGUGACCCCCAAGAAUCAGUGAUCACCACUUCAAAGGGUGUCUGGAAGAGGCUACAACUUGCCUUUCUCCUCAGUUCCUAUUUUCUCCACUCUGGCUGCUUCCUGUUUCCUCCCAGGCAUUAUUUCCAGUUACUAUUUCCUGAUGGAUCUGCUCACCUUACCUCCCUUCCAGUGAGCCUGAGAGCACAGACCUGAGUGUGUGGCCUGUGCAGAGCUCAGAGCACUGUGAGGACUGCCCCUUCCUGUCUGACUGCUCAGGGCCAGAGAUGAUGAGUACCUGGUGCUGUCUGAGGAGCUCCUCGCUCCUGCACCCCUUCUUCCGCCGACUCCCUGUGCCCCAGCUGCUGGGCCUGACCUGGACAUCCAUCGUUGUAUGGGAGCUGCUGCUUGCUUGUUUCUCACCAGGCCUGCGCCAACACUCAGCCACUCCCCAGGCCCCGCACAGUUCCCCAGCGGGGACUUACCAGGUUCCAUUAGCUAAGUGACUGUGUGUACAAUACUUCCAGCACCCAAGGAUGUGGGGGUGGGGAAGAUUGUUUUAAAUAAAGAAAAUCUAAGGAGGCAGUAGACGGUUCUUUUUGCUUUAAAAUCUUUGGACUAAAGAAAUGUUUUUAUAUAUAUAUAAAUAUAUAAAGUAAAUCGUUAUGUAACUAUUAUUGUUUCCUGUAUGUUCUAAUUUUGUUUUAUGAUGUAAUUAAAGGAAAUAAGCUGUGAA